AUGGCAGACGAAUAUGCAGACGACGUAUCCAGUACUGGAUCAGACUCACCCAUGGUCACAAUAACACUGCGCUUCCGCAAGACUAAAUACGAGUUCCAUUUCCACGAGGAUGCCACCGUCACAGACCUCUUCGACGAGAUCGAGGCCACCCUCGACAUCCCUGUCGCCAACCAAAAGAUCAUCAUCCCCAAGGCACCGCUCCUCACAUCCCCAGCAAAGGACCCCACCCAGCUGGUGCAGACGCUCCAGGGCAAGUCUCUGAUGCUCAUGGGCUCGGGGGCGUCCACCGUUCAGGCGAUGCAGGACAUGGCGGACCGCGUAUCCAGACGAAACGCCGCUCGCCAGGCCCAGAGCCGGAAGCUCAAGACAUCGCGGUCAAAGACUAAGCGUGCAGACUCCUCCCCGUAUACGUUCCUCCAGGUCCGGCCCCUCGACGGCCUCCCCAACCCGGGCCGCAGCCAGGCACUUCUCAUGCGUCUCAAAGCCGACCCGGGCAUCGUCGCCACGAUGAAGAAGCACAAGUUCACCGUGUCGCUGCUCACGGAGAUGGAGCCCCUUUCGUAUACGCAGGAGACGCACGAGGGAACCUCGAGGAUACUGGGUCUGAACCGCAACCACGGCGAGGUCAUUGAGCUGCGCCUUCGUACGGAUGCCCACGACGGGUAUCGCGACUACAAGACGAUCAGGAAGACGCUGUGCCACGAGCUCGCGCACAACGUGCACGGCGACCACGACCGCCAGUUCUGGGAUUUGUGUCAUCAGAUUGAGCGCGAGGUCGACGCGGCGGAUUGGAAGUCCGGCGGCCACACUAUUGCGGAGACUUCCCGGUAUCACAUCUCAGGUCGGGCGGACGUCAACGGAGGUGAAGAAGCGGAGGACCACGAGGAUGAUGGGGGUUGGCAGGGAGGAGAGUUUGUCCUCGGUGGAGUGCAGAGUGGCGGCGCAUCGGCGGGACUGAGUCGAAGGGAGAUUCUUGCUCGAGCAGCCAUGGAGAGGCAGCGAAAGGACGCCGAGUCGGAGCAGAAGGCAGAGAAGGGAUGGCGCCCAUGCCAGCGAUCACCGCCCCGAGAUGAGGCGUCGUGA